AUGCGUCCGCCCACCCCCAGCUCUGAGUUAACGCCGUUGGCUACACUCGGAGAACCUCUACUGCAGCCGCGCUGUAUCGCGACUUGGGAUGGACGUCGGUGUGAGGACGAGACUACGAAAGAACUUCGCUAUCUAGCCAGUACAGAGCUACAUCUCUUGCAUCUCUCUUCGUCGACCAUCAUCAAGAAAAGUAUUGUGGGGCUUUUGUUGUGCCAACGAUGCAAAGAACACGUUCCCACUCGACAAGCUGUUGAGCAUCGCUUCUGUCACCGUCCCCAUUGGCGGCCAACUACGAGCAAUCAUUCAACAUGA